UUUUUUGCUUACACUGCCUCUCUCUCUCUCUUUCUCUUUCUUUCUUCCUCGCCCCAAACGGCUAUUGAACAUUUUUUUUGAAACGCCAUGACCGCAAUAGCUACUGCUGGUGCUUUGUCUUUGCCAAUCUCUCUAUACAGAUCAUGCAAGACUAGUUCCAAAAAGUUGCAGGGCGUUAAAGGAGGCUUUGGGGUGUUUGCUGUGUUUGGGGAGGAAAGUAGCUUGGGGGAUAAGAAGAGCCCGUGGGGCACGCUCUUUGAUGUUGAGGAUCCAAGGUCUAAAGUCCCACAAUGUAAAGGGAAGUUCUUGGAUGUAUAUCAGGCCUUGGAAGUGGCUAGAUUUGAUAUUCAGUACUGUGAUUGGCGGGCUCGGCAAGAUCUUCUUACAAUCAUGCUUCUUCAUGAAAAGGUUGUGGAAGUGUUGAAUCCUUUAGCUCGUGAAUACAAGUCUAUUGGCACCAUGAAAAAGGAGCUUGCAGAAUUGCAAGGAGAACUAGCUCAAGCUCACAAACAGGUACAUAUAUCUGAAGCAAGGGUUGCUACUGCUUUGGAUAAACUAGCUUACAUGGAGGAAUUGGUUAAUGAUAAGCUGUUAGAAGAUAGAACCACAACAGAAUCCAACCUAGCAUCCCCUUCUUCUAGUACGCCAACAAAAUCUAUGGAUACUAUGAAGAAUAAGUUGCCUCGGAAAAGCUUGGAUGUCUCAGGUCCAGUUCGACCAUAUCACCCCCGCUUGAAGAAUUUCUGGUAUCCUGUUGCUUUCACCACUGAUCUGAAGGAUGACACUAUGAUUCCAAUUGAUUGUUUUGAAGAGCCAUGGGUUCUUUUUCGUGGAAAAGAUGGGAAUCCAGGAUGUGUCCAGAACACAUGUGCACAUAGAGCAUGUCCUCUUCACCUUGGUUCAGUAAAUGAGGGUCGCAUCCAAUGUCCCUACCAUGGGUGGGAAUACACAACAGAUGGAAAAUGUGAAAAAAUGCCAUCUACACGAUUACUUAAUGUGAAGAUAAAGUCAUUGCCAUGUCUUGAGCAAGAGGGAAUGAUCUGGAUUUGGCCUGGUAAUGACCCUCCGACGACAACCCUUCCUUCCUUACAACCUCCUUCUGGAUUUCAAAUUCAUGCAGAGAUUGUCAUGGAACUUCCAGUAGAACAUGGGUUACUUCUGGAUAACCUUUUGGAUCUCGCUCAUGCUCCUUUUACUCACACUUCCACAUUUGCCAAAGGAUGGACUGUCCCCAGUCUGGUGAAGUUUUUUACGCCUGCAUCUGAUCUCCAAGGAUACUGGGACCCUUAUCCCAUAGAUAUGGAAUUUCGGCCACCUUGUAUGGUGCUAUCAACCAUUGGGAUAUCAAAGCCUGGGAAACUGGAAGGACAGAGUACCAGGGAAUGCACAACACACCUUCACCAGCUUCAUGUAUGCUUACCUUCAUCAAGAAAGAAGACAAGACUAUUGUAUAGAAUGUCUCUAGAUUUUGCUCCCGUGUUGAAGCACAUUCCUUUUAUGCAGUAUUUAUGGAGGCAUUUUGCAGAACAGGUAUUGAAUGAGGAUCUGCGACUUGUGAUUGGCCAGCAAGAGCGUAUGCUCAAUGGGGCAAAUGUCUGGAAUUGGCCUGUAAUCUACGAUAAGCUAGGAGUGAGGUACAGAUUAUGGAGGGAUGCUGUUGAACGAGGAGCUAAACAAUUACCCUUCGGUAAAUCAAUGUAAAUUGUAACUCUAGCAGCCAAUUUAACAUCUCUUCUCACAUCAUCGGGACCGACUCUCGUCUACCACAAACAGAUAUUUUUAAGGCUUACAUCGAAGACAACCAAGGCAAUUCAGCGGAAACUGUGUAUUGAUCUGAGACAGAUGCGAGUUGGUCUCUACACUCAAGCCCUUGUAAAACAAUAGAAACUGUACACUGCUUUUAUAGUUUUUGUGUACGGUCAAGUCCCCAUUUUUUUUUGGCCUCCUUUGAUAACCCCAGACCAGAGAAAUGUUCAGAAAGAUUGGUAUUUUGGCCUCAGAAGCCAGUACUGAUCUCUUGUCCUGCGGCAGGAAAAUUCUGUUGUAUUAGAACAUCUCAUGUUUAAUGAAAAUGCUCAAGAUUUGCAAUUGACUUUCUUAAA